AUUCUAAACAUUUUUGUUCUUCUUUAGAGUCAAUGGCUUUCGUUAAUUGGAUAAAUAAUUAGAAAUAUAAUAAGAAUAUUUAUUAUUAUUAUAUUCUCUUAUUAUAUUCUCUUAUAUUCUCUUUAGUAUUAUAAACUAAAAUAUGUAAAUUAAACUUUGUUGGGAUUAUAUGAAGAAAUACAUCUACAUAAUUAUCAAAGAUAACCUUAUACACACACAUGUGGAAUUUUAAGCAUAAAGAGUGCUACUUAAGGGAAAUAUUUGAACAAAAUAUUAAAAUGGGUCAUACAGGAGAUCAGGAUAGCGAUAGUGUUGCAUCUGAUCUUCAGAAUAAACAUGAUACUUCUAUUGAAAAUAAACAAGACAAUAAGAAGUACAAGUGUACUUAUGCCGAAUGUCAUGCUGUAUUCUUGCGACCCUCUAGAUUGCAAAGGCACAUAAGAUUGCAUACUGGAGAGAGACCUUAUAAAUGCAAUCAUCCAGAAUGUACAAGGUCAUACACCAAUUCUAGCCAUUUGAAAAGACAUUUGGAAACGCAUAAUGGUACCAAGAAAGUAUAUCAAUGUCCACAAUGUACAAUGUCAAUCAGUAAUCUUCACAAUUUGAAACGUCAUUACAAGAAAAUGCAUAGUAAAGAUAAAAAGAUUUACUGCAAGGAAUGUGGUGAAAGUUUCAAUAAGAAGCAUCAAUUAGCUGAACAUCAAACUAUGCAUUUUGGACCUAUGACUUAUAAAUGUGAUAAAUGUGCCAAAAGUUUUACAAAUAUCAGUAGAUUUAAACGACAUGAAAAGAUACAUGAAAAGGAUCCCAAACGUUAUCCCUGUCCAGUAUCCGAAUGCUCGGAAGUGUUUGAUAAAUGGCUACUUCUUUGUGCACAUAGGAAAGCUAAACAUGUAACAAAUUAUAAGUGCAACAAUUGUGACAAGAUCUUUCUUAGUAAAUCUAGAUUAAAAGUACACUCCAAAAUACAUUCUGAAAAUAGAUUAAGUAUAUCAUGCCCAUAUGAUAAUUGUCAUAAAACUUAUUUAUUCAAAUCAAAUUUGGAGCAACAUAUAAGAAUUAAACAUCUUGGAGAAAAAUUUUAUUGUGACACAUGUUCUGUGGGUCUUACGACAAAAAAGAAGUUGAUAGAACAUAUUCAACGUCAUGAAUCCAAAAAGGGAAAGAAAAAGAGGAAAUCGAAAGAAGAGCAAAAGAAAAGAAAAGAUGCAGGUAUACCUAAGAAAAGUAUGCUAUCUGGAUUAAUUGGAGUAAAUUUGCCCUAUAGUUUAGAAAAAAUGGUGAUGGAACGAGAAACAAUGAUAAAUGAUAAUAAUGACAAUAUUGAAAACAUUCAAUAAAUAUAUAAAAACUUUGGCCUAUUAUAA